AUGUCAGCGGCGAAGCGGAUCGGAAAGGAGCUCGCCGAGUGCGAGGCCGCCCCUCCGCAGGGCAUGAAGAUCACGUACAACGAGUCGGACCUGCACCGGUGGAACAUCACGCUCGCGGGCCCGGCCGACACCGUCUACGCCGGCGGCACCUUUCACAUCACCAUGGUGCUGCCGCCGGACUAUCCCUUCAAGGCCCCCAUCGUCAACUUCACCACCCGCCUGUACCACCCCAACGUGACCAACGACACCCUGGGCAACAUCUGCCUGUCCAUCCUCAAGCCCGAGAACUGGAAGCCCGCCAGCCGCAUCAAGGGCGUGCUCGAGGCCGUCCGCCAUCUGCUGAUCGAGCCCAACCCGGACGACCCGCUCGAGACCCGCAUCGCCGAGGAGUACAAGAACAACCGCGCCGAGUAUGACAAAAACGCAAAGCAGUACGUUGAUAGAUAUGCCAAGGGCGAUGCCAAGAAGUGA